UACGAGGAAAAGCGCCGCCGCGGCCCCGCGUCCCACUCUCCCCCGACGGGCUACGACGACCGACGCAUAACCCCGCGCUCUCCCCCGACGGGCUACGACCGGCGCACAAAAGGCGCAGUAUGCGGGAAGGUGACGUGUCGCGGGCUUUAGGUGAGCUGGGUUCCGGGCUCGCGCGGUAGACGGGGAGCGGGAGGCACCGCCGCGCGGCCGCGGGAUGAUCGAGGCUGCCGACGCCGCCGCCGCCGCGGCGCCGCGACACGCCGACUCGCAGUGUCCUUCCGCCGGGGCCACGACGUGGAAGGAGGAGUACGACGUCCACUUCGACUUUCUGCUGCAGCUCCUUGAUGCCAACCUCACAGACGUGCUGUCGGACUCGGAGGAGUGCGAUUUGGGCAGUCUGGAGCAGUUGGAGCGUGGCAGCACGGACACGCUGGCCAAUGGCUGCAGAGCAGACUGCCAGGCUGCCAGGAGGCUGGCCAAGCGCCUGUACCACCUCGACGGCUUCAAACGCUGCGACGUGGCCAGACACCUGGGCAAGAAUAAUGAGUUCAGCCAGUUGGUGGCGUCAGAGUACCUGAGUUUCUUUGACUUCUCCGGCCUUUCUCUGGAUCGAGCCCUGAGGAACUUUUUGAAGGCCUUUCCGCUGAUGGGGGAGACCCAGGAGAGAGAGAGGGUCCUGGUCCAUUUCUCCAAACGCUUCUGCCAAUGCAACCCACAGACCCCCACCUCAGAAGAUGGAGCCCACACGCUAACCUGUGCCCUCAUGCUGCUCAACACGGACCUACACGGACAUAACAUAGGGAAGAAGAUGUCUUGUCAACAGUUCAUCAGUAACCUGGACGGCCUCAACAACAGCAAAGACUUCCCCAAAGAGCUGCUGAAGGUGUUGUACAACUCCAUCAAGAACGAGAAGCUCGAAUGGGCGAUCGAGGAGGAGGAGCUGAGGAAGAGUCUGUCAGAGCUGGUGGAGGAGCAGUGCGAGGGGGGGAGCAAACGUGUUGCCAGGGUAACGGACGGCAGCAAUCCUUUCAUCACCAUCCCCAUCCUCCUCAACGCCGUUACAUACAAACACGGGGUGCUGACCCGCAAGAGCCACGCCGACAUGGACGGCAAGCGCACCCCGCGGGGUCGUCGCGGCUGGAAGAAGUUCUAUGCGGUUCUGAAGGGAAUGAUCCUGUAUCUCCAGAAGGACGAGUACAAGCCAGACGCGGACCUGUCAGAGGUGGACCUGAAGAACGCCAUACGUAUCCACCACGCCUUAGCGACACGCGCCACGGACUACAGCAAGAGGGCCAAUGUGCUGAAACUGAAGACCUCUGACUGGAGAGUCUUCCUGCUGCAGGCACCGAGCGAGGAGGAGAUGUUGUCGUGGAUAUUUCGGAUAAACCUGGUGGCGGCCCUCUUCUCGGCCCCAGCCUUCCCUGCCGCCAUUGGAUCGAUGAAGAAGUUCUGUCGGCCUCUUCUACCAUCCUCCACUACCCGACUCAGUCAGGAGGAGCAGCUGCUCAGUCACGAGACUAAGCUGAAGCAGAUGAGCUUGGAGGUGGAGGAGCACCGUAAGAGCCCACCCUCGCCCGACCCCAAGAGCCGCGAGUGGGAAGAAUACCGUCUCAAAGAGCACUACCUCACCUACGAGAAGAGUCGUUAUGAGACAUACAUCCACCUGCUGCAGGCCAAGCUCGGGGCCGACACCGAUGACCUGGAGAAGAUCGAGGCCAGCGUGAUGAGCGCUGUGGUGGGUGAAGGGGGCCGGUGCGGCCGUGAGGGUCCCCUCCGCAAGACCCAGUCUUCCCCGUCCAUCAGCCAGGCUCAGGGAGGACUCAACGGGAGGGCCGCCGGGUGCACCGCGUCAGGGAAGCGGAGCUGAAGGGAGAGGGAGGA